AUGAGUUAUGAGUAGUUGAUUAUUAAUAUUAAUAAUAUCAGUGAAAUUAAGUUUGAUAUGAAAUAGAAAUUGAUUUUGAAUCUUGUGAUAGUAAUAUAGAUGGCUGAGAACACUUUGUUCAUAAUGGACUGUAUUUACUCGAUAAUUUAUAAACAUUAUGAAGUAUUAAAAUAAAAUAAUGAAAGUAUGUUGCUAUGGUUACUUUAUGUGUAUUUAUGAUAGUAUUACUCCUUUUGUUGUUGUUAAAUACAAAAAGUAAGAUAAUGAUUAUUAAAUUUAGUGACAAUAUUUAACAAUAAGAGUGGGAAUAUAGAUAAAGGAUGUUUGAGUUGUGGUAGAUUGAGUAAGGAUUAUGAAUGCAAGUAAUGUAAAAUUUGUAUGAAAUGCGAUGGUAAAUUUCAUUCAAAUUACUUAAAUAAAUGUUUAGAUAAAAAUGAAUUAUAGUAUAGAAUAUUUUAUAAUAAGAAAGAUACAUUUAUAAGAGUAUUUGGUUAUUGGUACUAAAAUGUUUAUUAUGUACAUUUGUAAGAAUAUUUGGAUUAAUAUCAUAUUUGGGAGAUGUUACAAGUUUAUUUAUAGUAAUGAAUUGUAAAAUAUUAGGUAUUUUGUAUAAGUUUGUCUGGAGGUGUAAUAUUAGAUUUAAUAAUAACAAUAUUGGUAAUAUCUAUAUAGCAAUAAUUAUCAAAAGAAUAAAAUAAUAAUAGUAAAAAUGUAGAUAGAAAAAGUGAAGAUGCUACAUGUGUAAUAGGAUAAGUAGUUAGUUCUGGAAGUCCUAAAUUAAAUAAGCAAUUAAAAAUAUUGGAUUUUUUAGAGAAGAAAUUAAGUCAUCGAAAUAAAUUGAUAAAUUGUAAAAAGAUUAAUGAAACAGAUCCAAUUCCAGUAAUAUUAGAUGAGAAUGGAGAAGAUAUUAUUUAAUCACAUAGAUAACAAUUAAAUGUAUUGACUCCAUUGACUUUAAAUAAUAUAAUUAAGUAAUAAUAAUGA